AUGAAGAAUUUAUUUUAUAAAAAAGUCUAAUAUAGCAAAACCAACGAAGUUCCUCGCAUAGAAGAGGGCGUUUCGCUGGAUUAUUUAAUUGAUAGAAAUAAAUAUAUUUAUUUUGGAGGUGUUAAACCGAAAGAAGUUACAAAAGAUACCAAACUAUUUUAGAAUGAUAAAGAUAAAAAUGAAGUUAAAACAGCAAACACUAUCAAUUUAGGUUAGGGAAAAAACGCCCCUACAAUUAAUACAACAAAUAGCAUUUAAUUUAAAAUUGCGGAACUUGAUAAUCCAUUUACAUUAAAUCCUGCUUUAUAAAAUAAUACAAUCCACUACUUCGAUCCAAUUAAUUAGGAUUGGACAGAAUAUGAAUGUACUGGAAAAAUUCCAUCAAAGAGAAUUUAUCAUUAGAGUUGGUACUAAUCUCCCUAUUUGUUUAUUUAUGGAGGUCUUUCUCCUGAAAAAAAAAUAUUGAAUGACAUGUAUGUGCUUAAUUGUGAUACAAGAGUUUGGAAUUCUUUCUUUUGGUAUAAUGGACCUAAUCCUCCAAAAAUAUACUCUCAGCUUGUAAAUAUGGGUGAUAGAAAAUUUGUGAUAGGAGGUGCAUCUAUGCCAGAAAAUCUACUUACUAAUGAAGUGUGGUCUUUUUCAUUAGAUAACAUGGAAUGGGAUUCUGGUUUCGAUGAUUACAAACCUAUUAAGUGGGAAAAAAUAGAUUUUUAAGAUCAUCACUUGUUUCCACCAACUAAAGCUCAUAGUGCCAUUAAAAUAUCUUAAAAUUAAAUAUUCAUAUUUGGUGGGUUUAACUAAAAAAAGUAGUGCACAGAUACAUCAAUCAUUAUGGAUAUUGAAAAAAGGAGAAUUUUCCACUUUGAAACUAGAGGUCAAAAACCUUGUCCAAGAGCCUUCCAUAAAAUGCUUCCUGUUAAAGAAAAUAUUAUCUGCUUGUUUGGAGGUAUAAGCUGUCCAGAAGAUGCCAUUAAAAGCUUGACAGCUACUUAUCUGAAUGAUUUUUAUUUAUUAAAUUUAAACGAAGGCUAUUGGUCAAGACCUAAUUGUGGAGGUUAUGUGCCAACUCCUAGAUAUUCAUUUGCUAUGGCAUCUAACCAAAGCGAGUAACAAGGGGAAAUUAUAAUUUUAGGAGGAAGAACUUUAGAAAGUAUAGGUGACAAGCAAGUAUACAUUUUGUGUGAACUAGAGUCAAAUAGUGAAGAAGCCUAUGGAAUAAUAGAUCACGAAGCUAAAUUACAAUAUGAUGAAUUCAGAGAAGCAAAUAAAAAAGAUAAAAAUAAAGAAAAAGAAUUAAAAAAUGUCUCGAUGGUUACUCUCGAAUUCAGCUAGGCAGAAAAAUACAUCGUUGAGCAAAAGAGAAAAAUAGGAGAAUUAGAAACAGUCUAUAAAAAACUAAAAGAUUCUAACAAAUAAACAUUAGAAAAUCAUAAAAUAUACUCUGAUAAAAUUUUAUAGCUAGGUUAAGAACUUGAAGACCAAUCAAUAAAGCUUACAAAAGAAAUUUAAAGUAAAACUAGUCGUAAUUAAUAAAGUGCUUAAUUGCUCACCAAAGUUAAAAUGAUUCUUGCUCAAGAAAGAAAAAAAAGAAAAUUACUUGAGUUAAAAUCCCAUGCUUUGCAAGAUACAUUUAAAAAGGCAGAAUCCUUUGUUGUCACACUCGAUACAAUUUACACAAGAGGCUAAAAAGACAACUUGUUCCAAGGAUUAGUUGGCAAUGAUGUUCUUGAAAAAAUUGAGAAGCAAAGAGAAGAGCAUAAAAAUUAAAUGUAAGACUUUAAAUAAGAUUUUGAAAUAGGAAUAAGUAGAGAAGAACGUAUAAAGAAAAAUAUGAAAUAAAAGAAAGAAAGCAUCAAAUAGUUCUACAACGUAUCUCAAGAGUGGAAAAAGCUUCUCACUAGUGACGAAAAAUUGCUUUUCCCUUAAAAGAUACCUACUAAUUAAAACAUUCCUAAGCAGUGA